AUGAAAUCUUUCAUGCUUCCUUUUUAUCCUUCUCCUUUUUGUAUCUUUUGGUUCGUGACUACUGUUUUAUUACUAUGUUGUCGUCGUUAUCUAUGUGAGGCACACACGAGUCAAGUUCUAUGCAUCGAGACCGAGAGGGCGGCCCUUCUGCAGAUCAAAAAUGAUUUGAUAGAUGGUGCUAACCGGCUCUCGUCUUGGAAUUAUGACUACGACAAGGAAUGUUGCAAAUGGUCUGGUGUAGUUUGCAAUAACAUUUCAGGUCAUGUCCAAGAGCUUCACCUAGGUGGACCCGAUGACGGGCUUCAUGGUCAUUGUCAUGGUCCUUAUGAUACGGAUGCUGAACUCGAAGAAGCUUCAAAACACAUGUUGGGAGGGAACAUAAGCCCUUACUUGUUGUCGUUGAAGCGUCUUUAUUACUUGGAUUUGAGUUGUAAUGACUUUGGAGGGAUUCCGAUUCCAAGUUUCAUAACUUCAAUGCGGAAUUUAAGAUAUCUGAAUCUUUCAACGUCUCAGUUUGAUGGACGGAUCCCUCACAAUCUAGGGAAUCUGACCAUGUUGCGUGUUCUUGAUCUCCGGUAUGGGCUUUGGGGAAGCAAUUAUCCUGUCAAGAAUCUUCACUGGUUGUCUAGUCUUCAAACGUUGCGGCAUGUCGAUUUAAGUGGCUAUAAUCUCAGCAGCGUACCUAACUGGCUACAGGUAAUGAAUAGCCUCCCUUCUUUGUUAGAAUUACGCUUAUCUUCUUGCUUACUACCGAAUAUCCCUCGCCAUUUGAGUAACGUUAAUUUCACAUCACUGUCUGUUCUUGAUCUUUCAUACAACACGUUUGAUACUAGCUUUAUGCCCGGUUGGAUCUUCAAUCUAACCAGUCUCACUUCCCUUGAUCUCACCAACUGUAACUUUCAUAAUCUAGUCCCUGGUUUCGAAGCUGGUUUUCAUAAAUUAACAUCCCUAACAUCUCUUCAUGUUUCAAGUAAUGAUGUCAUGAAUCACACGUCAAUUCUGAAAGGCGUAUCUAGCCUUAGAAAUCUUGUGUCGUUAGACAUCAGUACUUGCAGUCUUACGAGACCAAUCCUUCGUGACCUUCACAACAUGAGUUCCCUUGUUAGCCUUGACUUGUCGAACAAUAAGAUCAACGAGUCACUACCUACUUCAUUGGUUAAUCUUUGCAACUUGAGGUCCGUUGCUCUUCAAACUAACCAUUUGUAUGGAAAUGUAACCGACCUUCUUCAAAACUUCUGUGAAUGUGAGUCGCCUAAGUUGGAGUCUUUAGGAUUUUGGGGUAAUUAUCUUGUUGGAUCGUUACCUGAAAACGUUGGACAUCUAAAGAAUCUGAUCACCUUUGAUCUUGGGUGGAACUUUAUAUCCGGUCAAAUUCCUGAUUCCAUAGGAACUUUGCCAAAUCUGAAGACGUUAAUACUCAAUGCUAAUUCAAUCACCGGUCCAAUUCCAAAUUCCGUAGGAAGACUCUCGUCGUUGGUGUGGUUAGAUCUCUCAAACAACCUACUUACGACAAGUCUUCCUGACAGUUUUGGGAACCUUCAAAAGUUGACAUUUUGCAGUGUGUACAAUAAUCUGUUGAAUGGCUCAAUCACCGAACAUCACUUCACAAAUCUUACGGCACUACAAACUUUAAGGGCCGAUAACAACAAGCUAACACUGGAUCCAAGUGUUGAAAACUGGGUCCCACCUUUCCAGCUCGAGGUGUUGAGAAUUGGCUCAUGGAAUUUAGGCCCUCGUUUUCCUUCAUGGCUUAAGUUCCAGAAAAACUUGACUCAGUUGGAUAUCACAAAUGCCAACAUUUCAGACGUCAUUCCAGAUUGGUUUUGGAGUACAUUCUCAGGCCUAGAAUUCUUGAACAUCUCCCACAAUCGAAUCCAAGGAAAGUUAACACAAGAUCUUGGUUUCCUCGCUUCGAAUGCAGUACUAGAUUUAAGUGACAAUGGUUUUGAGGGCCCAUUACCGAGCUCUUUCAACAGACCUGACAUACAUUUCCUUGACCUUUCGAUCAAUAAUCUUUCCGGGUCUCUAGAGAAAUUCUUGUGUCCUAAAAUCCAUGAACCGAGACAGUUACAAGUUCUUAACCUUGCAAACAAUAACCUCUCGGGCAUUAUUCCAGAUUGCUGGGCGAAUUGGGAUUCUCUCGAAGACUUAAACUUUGAGAACAACAGACUAUCGGGUGGAAUCCCAGACUCUGUGGGCAAAGUAUCGUGUCUUAGAUCAUUGAAUAUGCGCAAGAAUCAUCUUAAUGGAAACCUUCCUCUUUCGGUACUGACUUCACAGAGCUUGUUGAUCAUUGAUCUGGCCGACAACAAACUCACUGGAGUCACCCUGACCCAAAAGAAGAGGAAAUCUACAAAAUUGAAACUUCUUAGUCUUCGUUCAAACAAGCUUGCUGGAAAGUUCCCGAAUGAAGUAUGUCGUCUCACUUCAAUUCUAAUAUUAGACCUUGCUGACAACAAUCUUUCUGGGAACAUACCGACGUGUUUCCACAACUUCAGCGUAAUGUCAGGAAAAGAAAGCUCAAGCCGGAUCAUUCUAUACGACGAAUUUGACCAAAAUCAAGUUUUGGGCAGUGCAUCAGUGGUGAUAAAAGGAAGAGAAAGUUCAUAUAGCACAAUCCUUCAUUUGGUGACAACAUUAGAUCUUUCAGGUAACUGUUUUUCAGGGCACAUUCCUAGUGAUCUAAUGAAUCUUGAGGAAUUACGUUAUUUGAAUCUAUCAGGAAAUAAACUAUCCGGAAAAAUUCCUGACAAUAUUGGUCAUAUGAGAUUGCUUGAAUCUCUAGAUUUGUCCUCAAACCUACUUGAAGGAGAAAUUCCAUGGAGCAUAUCAAAUUUGACUUUUCUGAAUUGGUUUGAUGUAUCUGAUAACGGUUUAACUGGGAGAAUCCCUUCAAGUACUCAGAUUCAGAGCUUUAACGAGUCUAGCUUCACCGGGAACAAACUUUGUGGAGCUCCUCUUCCGGUUGAUUGUGGAUUAGCAACUGUUGUUGAUACGCCGAAAAGCACACAACAUCGUGAUGAAUCAAAUGAAGUUGAUUGGGUGUUAAUUUUUUCGUUGGUGGUUGGAUUUUUCAUCGGUUUCUGGGUCGUGGUUGGACCUUUGGCGAUUAGCAACGUAUGGAGAAUCAUGUAUUUUGGGUGUCUGUAUAAGUUAUGGUACAAGAUUUGUGUCAACCUACAACAAAUGUUGGUAAUGUCGCGUCAUGUUUCCAUCCGUCGAUAA